GAGGGUCACAGAGUGACCGUGGAGGAUGGGGUUUCUCUAUUCCAGAUACUUCUAGGCUUGGAGACUGUUGGCUAGUGGGGAGACUCCGGCUCCGGCAGCCAGCUGGGCAGCGGUAAAGUAAAAUGGACAGCGAGAGACAGACGUUCCAGCCACCUCUCCGCCGCCCAAAAAUCCCGGAGCUGUUUUCUGGCCAACUCGUUUCCCAGCUGGAGUCUCUGAGCGCGCUGGAUCGCGGGAACCCAGGGAGCGCCUAGAAGCUGCUCCUCGGAGAUGCCUUCGCCUGAGCAGUAAGAACUUCCUGCUUGAGUCCCUGCAUCCCCUCCACCUGAAACUCCACAGGAGAGAGGGGCGGAAGACCCCAGGGGGAGGGGCGAGGGGGAUCCUAGCCCAGCUCAUUCUCCCCUCCCCCUCCCCCGCCGGGCGCGCAGGCAUGGAUGUGCUCAGCCCCGGACAAGGCAACAACACCACAUCGUCCGAGGGUCCCUUCGGGACACGCGCCAACGCUACUGGCAUCUCCGACGUGACCUUCAGCUACCAAGUGAUCACCUCUCUGCUGCUGGGCACGCUCAUUUUCUGCGCGGUGCUGGGCAAUGCGUGCGUGGUGGCCGCCAUCGCCCUGGAGCGCUCCCUGCAGAACGUGGCCAACUAUCUCAUUGGCUCCCUGGCCGUCACCGACCUUAUGGUUUCGGUGCUGGUGCUGCCCAUGGCCGCGUUGUACCAGGUGCUCAACAAGUGGACGCUGGGACAGGUCAUCUGUGACCUGUUCAUCGCCCUCGACGUACUGUGCUGCACCUCGUCCAUUCUGCACCUGUGCGCCAUCGCGCUGGACAGGUACUGGGCCAUUACGGACCCCAUCGACUACGUGAACAAGAGGACGCCCCGACGCGCCGCCGCGCUCAUCUCGCUCACUUGGCUCAUUGGCUUUCUCAUCUCCAUCCCGCCCAUGCUGGGCUGGCGCACCCCCGAAGACCGCUCGGACCCCGACGCGUGCACCAUCAGCAAGGACCAUGGCUACACUAUCUACUCCACCUUCGGCGCUUUCUACAUCCCGCUGCUGCUCAUGCUGGUUCUCUAUGGGCGCAUCUUCCGAGCCGCGCGCUUCCGCAUCCGCAAGACAGUGAAGAAGGUGGAGAAGGCGGCAGCGGACACCCACCUUGGGGCGUCGCCAGCCCCGCAGCCCAGGAAGAGCGUAAAUGGCGAGCCAGGGAGCAGAGAAUGGAGGCAGGGCGUGGAGAACAAGGCAGGGGGGGCUCUGUGCGCCAAUGGCGCGGCGAGGCAGGGUGACGACGGCGCCGCCCUGGAGGUGAUCGAAGUGUACCGGGUGGGCAACUCCAAAGAGCACCUGCCGCUGCCCAGCGAGGCCGGUGCUAUCCCCUGCGCUCCUGUCUUCUUCGAGAAGAAAAAUGAGCGCAACGCCGAGGCCAAGCGCAAGAUGGCCCUGGCCCGCGAGAGGAAGACGGUGAAGACGCUGGGCAUCAUCAUGGGCACCUUCAUUCUCUGCUGGCUGCCCUUCUUCAUCGUGGCCCUAGUUCUGCCCUUCUGCGAGAGCAGCUGCCAUAUGCCCACCCCGUUGGGCGCCAUAAUCAACUGGCUGGGCUACUCCAACUCUCUGCUCAACCCUGUCAUUUACGCCUAUUUCAACAAGGAUUUUCAAAACGCAUUUAAGAAGAUCAUCAAGUGCAAGUUCUGCCGCCGAUGAUGAUGGGAGGAGUAGCCGGUAACUAGGCCCGCCCCCAGCCCUCCGGAAUCAACACCUAUAGAUAACUUGCUACUUUUCCUCUUUCUCAGCUGCUCCACCCGCGGCUUCCUGACCUCGUCCGCCUUGCCCCAUCCCCAAUCCCCUGCUCGGAGGGAGGGCGUUCUGUGCAAAGAAGCCCCAGCCGCGGGGCAGGAGGGCCUGGGAAACUCCCCGGGUCUGUAAGAAGCGACCUUGGCUCAGACUUUGGCCUCACAAUCAGUUUUGAUCCUAGCAAUUGCCUCCUCCCCUUUUGCCCCCUAACAUUAGCGGCGGAAGUUUAAGUCUCAGCCGCUCAAGGCAAAAAAAGUCCACAAAGAAAAAUAAAUUUAUGCCCAGCCGCUGCGCGCACUAGCGGCUCUCGCUGGAUUGCUCCACUGCUGGAACUCGGAUUCAGAACUUUGCUCCGUUUCCCAGCCCCUCCCCCCACCCCGCCCCGCCCUCUUGCCCUAGAAAAGUUCACUGUUUUCGGUCUCAUCCCAUCUUUCCUUUCCCAGCUUCUCUUUAUGCCCUCGCCAGUCCUUAUGCACUAACUGGCUAGUCCGGAAAGGCCGGAGAGUCUGCUUUUGCCUGUGCCUGUUGUAUUCCCGGGAGUCUCCGCCUCCCGGGUUAGACUCACGGAGUAAUUCUCCCGCGCACAGCCCCAUGCUUUAUUUUCUUGGAUUCAAAACAAGUGGCCAGAAGCUGUCUCUUAGAGUGGACUUGUAAGGACAAGGCUGAGCCAGUGGGGGAGAGCAAAGAGGGAGCGCGGAACGAUUUUGUCUGUGCUUGCCUUGGGGUCAGCACUCACGAAAGAAAAUGACAAUCGGUGGGAAGGGAGAGCGGACUUCUGUUUGUAUAGGCGCGUCUGCACGUGCUGGCAUCACCACUUAACCUACUGCGGGAGGCGCCCGCCGGCCACGGUGUGUGCGCUGGGGACGCCAAGAGACCUGAGAUCCACCCGCCUCCCCAGCCCUCUCUGGUUUGGCGUGCGCUCCGCGCCCAGACUGGAUCCAUUCCUUUGCCUACGCCCUGGGAAGCGCUGAAGCUCGCGUGAACAACAUUUAGGGUUUCGGAAGCCAGCGGCGCUAGGUCAGACCGAGCUCUUGGGACCAGGAAGUCCCAAGCGGUGGCUUUGUCCAGCGGUGAAGAGGGAGAGGGCCUCAGUGCGCGCGGGCUCGGGCUCCAGCUGGCACUCCCGGUGGAGCCUGAAAGGACAAUUUUAUCCAAAGGAUGCGGAUUCUUUCCUCUUAAUUCCCCACUCCUCUCCUUUUCGGAUAGGAGGACAGCUCUGUUUAGUGUGUCUUAACACUACACAGGAUUUGUUCUGCAGCACUUCCAGGACGCAUAGUUACCAGGACCUUGGUUUCCAAAUAGAAAUUCUGGGCUUUCAAUCAAAUGGGUCCCGAUAGAUUUAGCACUAUCUUUGAUUUCAGAGGCGGUUACCUUAAAUAAUGGGAUCCCAAAGGACGAGUUAGAGGUGCUCUCCCUGCGGAGUUCCUGAGAAUCUUGUACAGGGUUGCAUUUGCUCCUUGGCCUGACUGUCCUGAGCCACAGGUCUACGGGAAAGUGAAUUCUUGCUAUUUGGUAUGCAGAGCACUCCAAGCUUAACCCCUUCAAAAGUUACUCUUUCAGCCUUGCCAUUCCUGCUGAGAAACCGGUUGUAAUCUUUACUGCCCCCGGAAGGGAAGUUAUUUCGGUGCUCCAUUUGAAUGUAAAUUUCCAUGCAACUGACCGGGAUCAAGAGGUUUGUUACAGUUAGAAUCUAGCCUCUGAUUUUCUGAUGAAUAACGGUUUCGUUUUCCAGUAAUUGCACAAAGUUAUUGAUUCUUACUCCCCUCUCCCUUGAAAUGUACCUUUUGAAUGACUGAGAACCGUGUUGCAAAAGUUGCCAAUGAAAAGUUCACGUGUGUUUAAAAUUAAGAAGGUGAAAGACAGCUGUGACUUGAAGCCAUUUUACUGUUUGUCAAACUGAACGAAGCCUCCAUUUGGUUUCUUUCUCUAACCUAAACUGUGAGUAGGCAGCAUAUUCCCUUAAAACAGAGAAAAUACAAGAACUCUGGGAACUCAUUGGAUGGUUUGUCUAUGCACAGGUAAUACUGAUAAGGCGCUAUGGUGGAGAAAACAAAAGAGACUUCUCCAGUCCAACAAUUGUUCAUUUGAAAAUUCAAUUUCUUUUUUGUUCACAAUAAUUUAAGUAGAGCUAAACUUUUCUGUAUGUUGUCCUAACUUCCUAGAACAAAUUGUAUAUAUAAAAUAAUUGAAGCCCAAAAUUGGCUCAUUCACAUUAUGCCUUGGCCAACAAGUGUUACAUUUGAAAUCUUGAGACUUUCAUUUAUUUGUGUCUUUGACAGAACUGUAUGACAAUGGCUUUUGGACAUUUGUUCUUCCUGCUUUGGAGGAUUUAUACAGGAAUGGGGAAGGAGCAUCCAAUUGGAGUAUAAUUGCCAAAGCAAUAGAGAAAUUUGAGGAAUAAGUUCAUAGCAGUAAAAAGCCUCGGAUUUUUUUUUUCUCUUAAAGUAUUUGUAUUAAGGUAAAGUAUAUAUGCAUCAAAAUUGGCCUUCACUCUUCCCUGUGACAAUAAAGGACUCUAAUAAUGGUAAUGCUACAAUAAACUGAUAUCAGUAACACAUGCAUCUUUAUUUUAAUCAGA